AUGCUUUAUACAAGGCUCCUUUUGUUGGUGCCAUUCUUGCAUGUAGUCCUGGCCUCUGUGUCGGACCAAGCGCACUCGAAGGGGUUCAUUCGCGAACUUCGCCGUCGCGGCUUGGCGUCGGGCCCCAACGACUUGAACGGCAAGACUUUUGACUAUGUCAUUAUUGGUGGUGGUCAAGCCGGAAUGGUUGUAGCUAACCGCUUGACAGAAGACCCUAAUAUUAACGUUGCCGUGAUUGAGGCGGGUCCGACUGGCUAUGACAGUGAUGAUGCGAGCCGAAUCAACGUACCGGCUGCUAAUCUUUACCACUCGCCGGCAAAGACGCAUCUUGACUGGCAAUACACUGUGGAAGCCCAGCAAUACUUGAACGGUGCUACGCCACCGUGGCCGCGUGGUAAGGUUCUUGGUGGCAGCAGUGCUAUCAACGGUCUCUACUAUGUCCGUCACAGCAAGGCUGAGCAGGAUGCCUGGGCUAACAUGAUUGGCGGUCAGGAUAUUUGGAGCUGGGACAAGAUUUAUAACGCUAUGAAGAAGGCUGAGAACUUCACUGGUGCUAAGCCGGAUGUUGCUGACCUUGCCCGUAUUUCGUGGGAGACUUCCUCUCACGGUCAUGGUGGUCCCGUCCAAAUUUCGUACACAGGAAAGACCUAUGAGCUCGUCGGUGCUUAUAUCAACGCUAGCACUACCGCUGCUGCUCCCUACUCUCGGGAUCCCGACAGCGGUAACAACAUCGGUACAUAUGUUGCUACUUCGACCAUCAACCCGGCCAACUGGACACGAAGCUUUGCCCGCCCCGCCUACUUUGACCCUUAUCAAUUCCGCUCGAACCUAAACGUUUUGACUGGCUAUAUGGUGACGAAGAUUGUCUUUGACAACUCGGACCCUUCCAACUUAAAGGCGACCCAGGUCAAGUUCCAAAAAAGCCGUGAUGGUACUGAAUAUACUGUUAAUGUGGGUCGUGAGGCUAUCCUUAGCGCUGGUGCCAUUAAUACCCCUCAGCUUCUCCAGGUGUCUGGUGUUGGUGAUGCGAACUUGCUUAAGCAGAACAACGUUACUCUUGUUCUUGAUCUUCCCGGUGUGGGUUACAAUCUCCAGGACCACCUGGCUGGCGGUGUUGAGUGGGGUCCUAAGGACCCUUCUCAAGUGCCGCCACAGAGUAUUACUGGUGACAGCCUUACUGACUCGUAUGUCAACUCUGCCGUGGCCUAUGUCAAUGGCUCGAACGUCAUGAAAGAUCAAUGGAACACAUUCUUGACGAACGUGAAGAACAACCAGACAAACGCUGUGAAUGCGUACGACGCUCCUGAUGCCGUCAAGCAGGGUUACGCUUUGACCUAUCAAACAACAGUGGACAUCAUGGAGAAGUUGGUCGGCACUAUUGAGCUUAUCUUCUCUCUUACCUUCAGCAAGGUUCAGGUCCAGUCUGCUCUUCAACACCCACUCUCUCGUGGCUCUGUCUUGAUCAAGUCGAACAAUGUAUUCGACUACCCCAAGAUUGAUCCGCGCUACCUUGAGCAGAGCUCUGACAUGGAUAUGCUUCGUGAGGGCUUCAAGCUUGCGCGUACUGUUGGUCAGACUGCUCCAUUGAGCAACUACCUCGCUAGUGAAACAAACCCCGGUACUGGUGUCACCAGCAACCCUGACUGGGAGAACUUUAUCCGUGGUCGUGUGGGUACCGAGUACCAUCCAUGUGGUACUGCUGCCAUGCUUCCGCGCGAGAAGGGUGGUGUCGUUGACAAGAACCUUCUUGUGUAUGGUACCUCGAACUUGCGUGUUGUUGACGCUUCGGUUAUUCCUGUUGUUCUUGCUGCUCACUUUAUGUCGGUUAUCUACGGUGUGGCUGAGAUUGGUUCAGAUCUUAUCAAGGCUGCGCAGCAAUCUGCUACUGCACCGCAGCAGAAGACCAACAACACCAGUGCGACUGGUGGUGCCGCAGCUGCCACGGCUAGCAACAACCCGAACAACAAUGCAGGUAAAAAGCAGGGUGCCGCUAACCCGUCCGACUCUGUCGCUGCUAACAAUAAGGGAAGCAACGCCGCAAGCUCUUACAAGGCAUCGGCCGUACUUAUCAGCAUGUCUUUGAUUCUGUCUGCCCUCUUUGCUACCCUAUGA